AUGGUGAGACAUUUUAAGGUUGAAAAUGUAAACAAAGAAAUGGCGAUCAAGAUACUCAUAUUAGCGCUCAUCGCAGCGUCUGUAUCAACAAAAUUCAUAAAUAAAGAGACUCACGAUAUAUUGGAGGCAGGCGCCGCCAACGACACAAUCGAGACCGAAAAACCGCCAGAGCUCGAUCCUAGAAACGUAACAGAUAAUGUCAGGAGCUGUGAGGUCAACGCGACGUUCGAAGCGAAAUACGAAACGAAGUAUCUGAAUUCGAUUUAUUUGAAUAAUAUUUACUCUGUGGCAACAAAUCAUUUGAUUGAAGAUCAAGCGUCAAUUGAAUCGGAUUUGAACGGAGUUAACUUGUACGAUGUGGUGAAGGGUGACUGUGGUGGCGCAAAAAUAUGCGCAAGUUUAAAAAGCAAUUAUAUUGAGAGGAACACGAUAACUAUUGGGUUCCUCAGCGCCUAUAGAUGGAGCCAGACGGUCCUUGGUGCCCUGCCUCUAGCUGUAGCACUUGUGAACCGGGAACCAAGUCUACUGCCCGGCCUGAAGCUAAAAUUCCUGACCGCUGACAUAGGGAGACCGAGGGCAUCUUUCCCUUUGGAUAAAGACAGUCUGUCAUUGAGGGUGAUGACACAAAUGAGGGACCUUGGUGUUGUAGCGUUCUUCGGGCCUGACGCGACUUGCCACACUGAAGCGAAACUGGCUUCAGCGUGGAACUUACCGCUAAUAUCUCACAAAUGCGCAGAGGCUCAAGACUCUGGUGGUCUAGGCGCGACCUUCGCCAGGACACUCCCGCCUGCCCACAAAGUUAGCAAAUCAGUUGUGGCUCUCUUGAAGGCGUAUGGAUGGGACAAGUUUGCCAUCAUCGCUGGAGACGAGCUCACGGCUGCAGGACAGCAGAUGGAAGCCAUUAAGGAGCUGGCACAAGGCAAUGAUUUGACAGUGACAGCGGAACAUAGAAUCUCCGACUACAUACCACGGCAUAUUUCUCAUAUGGAGAAGAUAGUUGAUCAGACCUACCAGAAGACUAGAGUUUACGUGUUUCUGGGAGAGAACAUAGCUCUGGUGGACUUUGUGAAGGUGCUGCUGCGUCGAGGGUUGCUCGCCAAUGGAGAAUAUGCAGUGGUGGCGGUGGAUGAUGAGAUUUACGAUCCAAGCACUGCUGCUAUAACACAAGCAGAUCACCUAUUUCAAAACAGUAGUAGUGACGUGUUGGCCUUUCGAGCUGUGUUGAAACUAACCCCUUCAUUCCCGACUAACCCCCACUACCAGGCUCUCUGCCAAAUGAUUAAGAGGCUGUCAGCUGCGCCGCCAUUUUGCGUGCCCAAUUACCAUAAGAUAUUUGAAGAUGCAUCGGUGCCGAUAGAAGCAGCUCACUUGUACGAUGCUGUUAUGCUCUGGGCCCGCGCAGCCACUGCCGCCAUGCGGGCUGGCGUCCCCCCCACAGAUGGCGCCACCAUCAUCAGACUGUUACGACCCACCGUGUAUCGAUCCUUACAGGGAUUUGAUGUAAACAUGGACAGCGCUGGCGACGCUGAAGGCAACUUCUCAGUGAUUGGACUGGUUGAGGACAAAAGCGCCCCAAGCGGCUGGAGUGCGCAACCCGUCGCCGCGUUUCGAUAUUCGAAUUCAUCUGAUUUAUUGCCGGAAUUGGUCGGCGGUACUAACAUAGCGUGGAUUAGCGGUGCACCGCCCGUGGCCGAGCCGGCUUGCGGCUUCGACGGGAGGCGCUGCUCCCAGCCACCCGACCCUGGCGUAGUUGCUGCGGUUGCUGGCGUGGCGGUGGCGGCCAUGCUGGCUCUCAUGCUGCUCGUGCGCCACUAUCGGUACGAGACGAAGCUCGCCUCUGUGCUGUGGAGGAUUGAGGCUAAGGAUCUGACCUUUAUCACUGGUUGUGCGGAUAAGGAUGCUGUACCCCAAGAGGUGGACAGUAAGCGAGCCCACACGACUCUUGCCUCAUACAGGGGUAACUUUGUUGCUGUGAAGCGGCUAAGAAAGAAAAAUAUUGACGUCACUAGACCUAUUAAAAAGGAACUGAAACAGAUGCGAGAACUACGCCACGAGAACCUGACUCCAUUCGUUGGGGUCUGCAUAGAGUCCGGCUUGGCGUGCAUUGUCACAGCGUACUGCUCCCGCGGCUCCCUGGCCACGGUGCUCGCUGACAGGGACCUGCAUCUGGACGACAUGUUCGUGGCCAGCUUGGUGGCUGACCUGCUGCGGGGGCUGACGUACCUGCACGACUCCGCGCUCGGUUCCCAUGGCAACCUGACGUCGAGCAAUUGCUUGGUCGACAGGCGUUGGGUGCUACAGAUAUCUGAUUAUGGACUGCAUACAUUGAAAAGUGGAUGUUCAGAUACAGAAGAUGCCCUCCGUGUCGAGAAGCGCAUGCUGUGGCGAGCUCCGGAGCUACUGAGAGAUGCCAACCCUCCCCCCCGGGGCACUCAAAAGGGAGAUGUUUACUCAUUUGGCAUCAUCUUGUACGAGAUCCUGGGGAGGAGUGGGCCAUGGGGCGACACUAGUUUGACUAAUGCCGAAAUCAUCGGCCGCGUGCGCCACCCCAUCGGUGGAGUGCUAUACCGUCCACCUAUUGGCAACCUGACCGCCCGACCUUCGGUUAUCUCCGUGCUGAAAUCGUGCUGGAGCGAGCGGCCAGACCGACGUCCUGAUGUGAGGCUGGUCAAGUUGCGACUGAAGGACAUGCAUGCGGGGAUGAAAACCAAUAUAUUUGAUAACAUGCUAUCAAUGAUGGAGAAAUACGCUUCGAAUCUGGAGGCUCUGGUCGCAGCGAGAACUGAACAGCUGGCCCAGGAGAAGAAAAGAACUGACGGUCUACUCAACAGAAUGCUGCCUAGGACGGUAGCAGAGGCGCUGAAACGUGGCGAGCCGGUGCAAGCUGAGAGUUACGAAUGUGUGACGGUCUAUUUUAGCGAUAUAGUCGGCUUCAACCGCCUCGCCGCUACCAAUACACCAAUGCAGGUCGUGGAAAUUCUGAACGAGCUGUACUCGUGCUGCGACGCUAUUAUAUCGUUUUACAACGUUUACAGAGUGGAAACUAUAGGCGACGCGUAUAUGGUAGUGGGCGGGCUUCCAGAGCGCUGCUCCCGCCACGCAGCUGAAGUGGCCUCAUUAGCUCUGCACAUGCUGGAAGCGAUACCCAGCAUUAAGAUCAACAGCCUGCCGACCAGCAAGCUCCGCAUACGGAUAGGUAUACACAGCGGCCAAUGCUCCGCCGGGGUUGUGGGCACAAAAAUGCCCCGCUACUGUCUCUUCGGAGACACGGUGAACAUGGCAGCCCGGCUGGAGUCCACCAGCGAGCCGCAGAGGAUCCACGUCAGCAACGCUACAUAUAAACUGCUAAAACAGCACGGCGGAUAUCGCUUGAAGGAACGUGGGAUUAUAAAUAUUAAGGGUAAAGGAGACAUAAAGACAUGGUGGCUGGAGGGAGAAGACCACGAACGAAGGACCAACCCUCUUUUUAAGUACCAGCCGGGCGUUCCGCAGAGCCCCAAGAGCGACAUUUACGAGGACUCCCUGUGGAACACCCGGCGCUCGAUCGUCAACAUCCGCGACCGGGCUCGACUCUCGUGCGGAGGGUCCCUGGGCCCCGGCUCCGCGCUGUCCUCCCCCGGGCCCCCCGCCUGCUCCUGCUUCGUGCCGCAACGCGACCACCACUCCGCCCCCGCGGUCUCCUUCUGCGAGGACUGA